CUGGUCGUGGUCAAUGGCUACUUCCUCUCUCUCUCAAGAGAGAGAAGCUCUGGAGCUUACACUUAAAAGAGCUCACACAUGCCCCACUGGUUCAUCUCACAAAACUCCCUAUUUGAGAGAGAGAGAGACAGACUGGUUCACAUGUUAGAAUAUAGAAUUUAGAGAGAGAGAGAGACUGGUACACUAUUUUUUGCGCCCCAAUCUGUACCGAUCUGGGUGAGAGGUGAACUCAAAUUUCGAGGGGGUGUCGACGCACAUGUUAGAUUAUAGAAUUUAAAAUUCUAAAGGUGAUGCCUAAAGGAAUUUGCAGUCUUCGGAUAUCACUGCUUUCAACGCUAUGCAUGAGAAACUUGUAAGCUCUGGUGCUAAGGAUUGAGGAGGUUACAAGCAAUGAAAGUAAAUGGGGGAAUAUAGUUGAUGUCUAGUGAUCAAUAUAAAAUCAUAGAACUUGGGAACAUCUUCAGAUGUUUUCCCUUCUUGUUGAGCUACCCAUAGAUGAAGACACAGCCCCGAAUCUCACUGAAUCUCUCCUGAUAAGUAUCUUAGAGGUUCAAGAAUUGGUAUUAAGCACUGUGCUUGAGCAAGAAAAUUUCAUGCAAUUUGCAUGCUAUCUUGAACGAACUAAUCCAAUCCUAAUGGAACUGAAUGAAGCACAACGAAUGCCGGGGGAUGUGACCCAAAUUCUGCGGUCGCUUUCCAGGGAUGUUGACCUCGCAAAGGCACUGGUCGAAAAAUGCAAAACAGAAACUCACUUGGAUUCUGAGACAAGGCCUGAACAAAUCAUCAAGCAGCUAGAAAGAGUGGUCAAGAGUAUGGGACAUAACUUGAGCCAAAUUCCCUCUUCAUCGUUUCAAGACCAUGAUUACCCAGAGCUUGCAGUGAGAUCACUUUCGAGGGAUAUGAGAAACACUAUUUUUCAGGUAACUAAGGUUGAUUCCAAGGCUUCCAAGUACGGAGAACCAAAUUCUAAUACUAAAGAAAUCAAGUUAGAAGAUCCAAUUGAAUUGAACCAUUCAAAUUUGACAAAUAAAGGUGCAUGUUUGGAGAGGCAAGGAGAUGAUAUUCGGUUGAUUGACUUUUUAAGCAACAUGAACCUCCGAGGACAAGCGAAUGAUGAUGAUGGAAACGCAACAAUGAGGACAUUGCCCCAAGUUGCAGAUUACAUUGAGCCUCUAUAUGAGACUUUCUUCUGCCCAUUAACAAAGAAGAUCAUGGAGGACCCUGUCACAAUUGAAAGCGGUCAAACAUAUGAAAGAAGUGCCAUAAUUGAGUGGUUAAAAGAGUUUGAGGAUGACAGCAACCCACCCAUCUGCCCUGUCACUAGAAUAGAGCUCAAAAGCACUUCAUUUGCCACUAACACAUCACUGAAGAGCACAAUCAAAGAAUGGAAGGAGAGAAAUGAAGCAAGCAGAAUCAAGUUAGCACGUGCUGCCCUCUCACUGGCAAGCUCAGAAUGCAUGAUAAUUGAAGCUAUGAAAGACCUCCAAAACCUUUGUAGAAAGAGAGAACACAACAAGCAUCAAAUACGUAAUGUCGGAAUGAUUCCACCGAUUGCUGAGUUUCUAAAAUAUGAUGACAAGAUAGUACGCUGUGAAGCGCUGGAUACUUUGAGAAUUCUGGCUGAAGAUGAUGAAGCUAAUAAGGAAAUUAUUGCUCAAACAAAAGCAAUUCCCAGUACAGUUAAAAUCAUGUCAAGCAAUUUCCCUCAAGAAAGGCAUGCUGCAUUAUCAUUCUUACUGGAGCUUUCUAAAUCUGAAUCCUUGUGUGAGAAAAUUGGAUCAGUCACAGGAGGGAUUCUAUUACUGAUCACAUUGAAGUACAACCAGUCCACUGAUGCUAUAGCUGCAGAGAAAGCUGACACAACUUUAAGAAACUUGGAGAAAUGCUCAACAAACAUCAGGUUAAUGACAGAGAAUGGCCUCCCGGAGCCCCUUCUGAACCAUCUUGUCGAAGGUUCAGAGAGGAUACAAAUGGAGAUGGUAAGCUACCUUGGAGAUAUAGAUCUUGAGAAUAAGAGCAAGGAAUAUGUUGCCAACCGAGCUGCAAAUGUCCUUCUCGAAUUGGUGAACAACCCCAACAGUCUAACAAGGAAAGCGGCAUUAAGAGCUCUGAUCAAGAUCUCAUCGCAUCACCCUAAUGGAGAUAUACUCAUCAAAGCAGGCAUCCUUCCCCUGAUGGCAAAAGAGAUUUUGACAGAACAAAGCGAUAGUGAAUCCACAAACUUCAAGGAAGAAUCAGCUGCAGUUCUAGUGAACAUACUCGAAUCAGGAUUCAAUUUCGAAUCUAUUGGAGUAACCCCACAAGGGCACACAAUGGUUUCAAACUAUGUUAUCUACCCCAUAAUCCAGAUGCUCCAAACUUCAAAGCCCGAGGUAAAUAAGUACCUAAUCAGGAUCCUUCUCUGCCUAAUUCAAUCACCCAAAGCAACAAACACCAUUGUCUCUAUGAUCAGAGAGACUGAAUCCACCUACACCCUAAUUGAACUCAUUGACUACGAACAUGAAGAACUCACCAUUGCCUCAACUAAUCUACUACUCUUUCUGUCAAAACACAUGGGUCACAUCAUAGCAGAUAGCCUAUGCAAAACAGAAGGGCAACCAGGGAAGCUAGUCAAAAUCCUUGAUACCCGAAGGGUCACUGAGAAGCAAUCUGUCACUGCCAACUUCCUAGCUAGCCUCCCACAUGAAAACUUAACCCUAAGCUUGGCCCUAACCCACAACAACAUCUUUCCCAUUAUCACACAUAGAAUACAUGAAAUCCAAAAGGGUGAUGCAAGAACAAGCAGGUUUGUGAAUUCCUACAUAGAAGGGCUUGUUGGCAUACUAGUAGGGUUCACAUUCAUACUAAAAGACUUCCAUGUGCUUUCAUUCGUAAGAGAAUACAACCUGAUUGAUGUGUUCAAGGAACUACUGACUAGAACAAACAGUGACGAGAUUCUGAUACAAUCAUUAGUUGGUUUGGAGAAGCUUUCAUUAGAGACAGUUUAUCUAUCAAAAGAACCCCAAAAGACUAGAAGAAGCAACAACAUAUUCAAACCCAAAUGUUGCAUCAUUUCAGAUGAAGAUAUUGAGAUGUGCCCAAUUCAUAGGGGUGUGUGCUCUUCAAAGACCACCUUUUGUUUGUUGGAGGCAGAGGCCUUAGAGGGGGUACUGGCUUGUUUAGACCAUGAGAAUGUGAGGGUGGUGGAAGCAGCGCUUUCAACAAUAUGCACCUUAAUUGAUGAGAGAGUCAAUGUUCAAAGAAGUGUGGAUAUCUUAAUUGCUCAUAAUGUGGUUGAGCAUGUGUUGAAUGUUUUGAGGGAGCAUAGGUACGAAGAGGCGCGGCAAAACAUCUUUCGUGUGGUUGAGAGAUUGCUAGAGAAUGGAUUUCAUAAUAUAUGGGUGAAUGAUAUGUCAAGGGAUAGGGUCCUCAUCUCUAGCCUGGUAACUGCAUUCCAUCAUGGGCGUAGCAACAGUACAAGGGUGGUGGUUGAGAGAAUAUUGAAGUAUUUGAAUAAGAUGCCUAGCUUUUCUAGUCAGGUGGUCCUAUGAAGAGGAGUAGGGGGAGGAAAGAAGACAUGUUUAUUUGUCCAAUUUGCUU